CCACUCACCCCAUAGUCCCAAAUCAGUAGCGCUUUGAUCUAGUCAGAUUCAGUUCGACUGCAACUCUUUUGAGUGCUGUUCUUCUUGCAUUCCCGUAACUUUUAGUCAUUGUUCGAAGAUCAUGGCCUCAACAAUGCUGAUGCGGUCAAUCACUGCGAGUCCUGGGACCGCGAUCGAUAUUAGUUCCAGGAACUCUGUUGUGAGAGGGCUUUUCCCUGCCAACCAUGUUCCUAGCAUGGCUCCCCGAGGUGGCUUACGCGUAAAAUGUGUGACUGAGGAGACCAAGCCGGAAAGUAGCACGGAAAUGCCAGCUUCCGACAUUCCUUCUUCGUCGCCUACACUGAACCCAUCCCCGAAACCAAAAGCAAAGGUGAGCACCAACUUCACUGAUCUGUUUGCAUUCAGCGGGCCGGUGCCGGAGAGAAUCAAUGGCAGACUGGCAAUGAUUGGCUUUGUGGCAGCCAUUGCAGUUGAACUGUCCAAAGGUCAGGACUUGUUUGCUCAGAUCAGUGAUGGAGGUAUCCCGUGGUUCAUAGGAACGAGUAUUCUGUUAUCGGUCGCAUCUCUGAUUCCGCUUUUUCAAGGAGUCACGGCUGAGUCAAAGUCCAGCGGGUUGAUGACUUCCGAUGCCGAGUUGUGGAACGGAAGGUUUGCGAUGUUGGGACUGGUCGCGUUGGCUUUCACAGAGUAUGUUAAGGGAGGAACACUUGUGUAGGGUUUUGGAAUUAAGGUCAUAUACUUGGAAAAAGUAGACCAGAAUGUAAUCCAGUGAACCAUUAUUUCAGCACAAAUAUUGUGCAUAAUGCCUUCUUGGUCAACGUUCGAAUUACGGUACUCGUUCUGUA